AUGUCUCAACAGGCAUUAAAAAAACAUGAUAGAAAUGUUCAUAAUUUCUUAAAACAAGUGAUUUAUGAAUGUGAAAAGUGUAAUGAAGCUUAUACUUCCAAGCGAAAAUUAAGAGAUCACUUUAGGGUACAUUAUAAUAAUAAUAAUAAUAAUAAUAAUAAUAAUAAAAAAAAACAGUUUAAAUGUAAAGAAUGUGGAAAGUGUUAUUCUUUACAAAAAUAUUUGCACGAGCAUUUCAAGAAAAAACAUAGACCUAACGGUGUAGAUACUGAAAUACAUUCAUCUAAACCUUCAUGUACAUACCAGUACCAUAAUUGCGACUUAACGUUUGUUUUAAAAUUAGAUAUUAUCAAACAUGUAAAAAUUCACCAAAUAUCUCACAAGAAUCUUUUGUAUCCAGUACAAGAAUGCAACCAAGAUUAUAACAGAUAUGUAACUAUUCGCAGCCACCUUACAGAAGAGCAUAACUUACAUUUAAGAAAAGAAACAGUUGAGUUUAGCAACAAAACUGGUGAAGAUGAUAACAAUACUGAAUCUGAUGUUUUGAAAGUUGAAAAGAGCAUCGAUGAUAUUAAUGAUAAAUACGAGAAUAAUGACGCUAAUUGCGAAAAUAAUGCUAGCGAUGACAAAGAAGAAAUUGAUGAAGAUGAAGCAAUUUUGUUUUUCAUCAUUCUGAUUUUUGCACGUGUAUUUUUUAAAAUUCGAUGUUAA